UUUUUUUAUCCUAAUUCUUCCCUUUUUAAUAUACUAUUUCUGUUCUUCAUCCUUGAAUUGCAAAAACCAUGGCACCACUCAAAAGCUCCAAUUUUCAUAUAGUGAUGUUCCCAUGGUUUGCUGUGGGUCACAUGACACCAUUUCUCCACCUUGCUAAUAGACUAGCUCAGAGAGGUUGUAGUAUUAGUUUCUUGCUGCCCAAGAAAGCCAAACAACAACUACAACAUUUCAAUCUUCAUCCACAUCUCAUUUCUUUUCAUUCCAUCACCGUCCCCCCCGUCGAUGGGCUCCCCGUCGGAACGGAGACGGCCUCCGACAUUCCGAUUCACAUGACACAUUUCCUCUCUAUUGCUCUAGACCGUACACGUGAUCAAGUUGAAAAGGUCAUUCUUGAAACCAAACCUAAAUUGGUUCUUUUUGAUGUUGCUCACUGGAUACCAGAGAUAACAAGACCUCUUGGCAUUAAGACUAUAAAUUACAAUGUAGUUUCCGCUGCUUCGGUGGCGAUAGCAUUAGUUCCGGCGCGGAAUGUCACGAAAGAUCGACCGAUUACGGAGGCGGAACUGUUAGAGCCACCCGUUGGUUAUCCAUCGGAGAAUGUGGUUCUUCGUGGACACGAAGCUCGGUCAUUGUUAUUCGUGUCGUUUCCGUUUGGUGAAGGAAUAUCAUUUUACGAAAGAAUCUAUACAGCUAUGAAAGGAAGUGACUCAAUAGCCAUUAGAACCUGUCAAGAACUUGAAGGAAAGUUUUGUGAUUAUAUCUCAACUCAAUACGACAAACCAGUCUUUCUAACCGGGCCCAUCUUGCCCGAUCCAUCAACGACACCGCUAGAAGAACGGUGGGCGAACUGGCUUAGCGGGUUCGAAAAAGGUUCAGUCAUCUUUUGUGCAUUUGGAAGCCAAAUUAGACUUGACAAAAACCAGUUCCAAGGAUUGGUGUUAGGGCUCGAGUCCACCGGCUUACCAUUUUUGGCCGCGUUAAAAGCGCCCAACGGAGCAAAAACUAUCGAAGAAGCACUGCCCGAAGGGUUCGAAGAGAGGGUUAAAGGGAGAGGAGUGGUCUCCAGUGGAUGGGUGCAACAGUUGAUGAUUCUUGACCAUCCAUCAGUUGGCUGUUUUCUAAACCAUUGUGGGUUCGGGUCAAUGUGGGAGUCACUAAUGAGUGAUUGUCAAAUAGUUUUGGUGCCACAUUUGGGUGACCAAAUCUUGAACACGAGGUUCAUGGCUAGUGAAUUGAAGGUGGCAGUGGAGGUUGCUAGAGAUGAGAACGGUUGGUUUGCGAAGGAAACCCUAACCAAAGCUAUUAAGUCUGUGAUGGACAAAGAUAGUGAAUUGGGUUCUGUGGUGAAGGAGAAUCAUAAAAAGUGGAAGGAAAUUUUGGGAUGCAAGGAUUACAUGAGCGGUUAUAUUGAUAAGUUUGUCAAGAAUAUGCAUGAUCUUGUGAAUAAGUAAUUCAUUUAUUAAGGUUAAAUUAGUUGGUUCGUUUUAAUUAUCAAGUAACCUUGUAAGAGGAAACCUAUAAUAAAAAGAAAAUUUCUCACCAUUUAUGUUGAUAGCUUUUGCUUUAAA